CUUUUUUUUGUGUGUGUGUGUGUCAAAGAUGGAGACUAUAGGAGAAGCUGCUUGAAUCCGCCGCCUUUGACUCCUUAUUGCAUUUUCUCUUUCAGCUCGGUGACAGAUGGCGAGUCCCUCUCCCCCAGGGGGAAGCCAGUCUCUGUGAAUGCGGCCGCAUGUCAAUCACCGGCUCUCAUGUGAUGGCUCUUGCCAAUGACGUGCCAGCCAUAUGGGCCUGGCAUCAGAGCUGGUAUGUAACCCACCCAGUCCUGCCUCUAAGGUGCCACUCGGCUCCCUCCAUGCGGUUGGGUUGGGGAUAGCAGCAUCAGCAUCAGCAUCAGCUCAGCAUCAGCAGCAUCAUCAUCAUCAGCAGCAGUAGACAUGAGCAAGGAGACAGGAGAGGAGAGAGAGGUGUGAGCAGAGCAGAGCACAGCCGAACAGAGCGCAGCGCAAGGCGUGUGGAUGAGAUGCCCACCCGGAGAGACAUGGUGUAAACAAACCCGCUCCAGCCCCGUCACUGAGCUCCACCGCGGAGGUUUGCUUUGCCACAAUGUUGAGCCGUCUGUACAGCGAGGUGCUGCCGGACGUCCAGAGGCUGGCGGCCGACUGGGUGGACGACAAUGGGAGUGAGGAGUGUAAGGUUAAGGGUGACGAACACGAGUCCUGUCUUCUCGGGGACGAUGACCUGGACGAACCGCAGGAAGGCAGCAGUCGAGCCGAGUCUGAGAUGGCUGGAGACGACGACGACGACGACGAGGAGAUGGACGAGGACGAGUGUGGAGACGAGAACAGCGCCGACAAGCCCAAGAAGCGCGGCCCGAAGAAACGCAAGAUGACGGCGGCGCGCGUGGAGCGCUCCAAGGUGCGCAGGAUGAAGGCGAACGCGCGCGAGCGCACGCGCAUGCACGACUUGAAUUCCGCGCUGGACAAUCUGCGCAAAGUGGUGCCGUGCUACUCCAAAACGCAAAAACUCUCCAAGAUUGAGACUCUAAGGCUGGCGAAAAAUUACAUCUUGGCCCUUGGGGAGAUUUUACGCAAUGGGAAACGACCGGAUGUGGUGGCCUACGUGCAGAUGUUGUGUAAAGGCCUGUCGCAGCCAACCACCAACCUGGUGGCAGGCUGCUUGCAGCUGAACACCAGGAACUUCCUGACUGAGCCCUGUUCAGAUGGAGCCCGUUUUCACAUGCCCACGUCCCCUUUCUCCGUCCACCCAUACCCCUACCGCUGCCCCCGCAUCUCCAGCCCGCACUACCAGCCUGGCAGCGGCGCGCUCAAUUUGCGGGGUCACAGCUACCCCCCUGGUUAUGACGCCCUGUACCAACCUGGAGGUACGUCUCCUGACUACAGCAGCCCGGAAUACGAGGGCCAGCACAGCCCGCCCGUGUGCGUCAAUGGUGGAGCGUCGGGGCGGCAGCAGGAGUCCUCGGAGACGGACAGGAACUAUCACUACUCUAUGCAUUAUUCUGGACUCGCCACGUCUCGACCCGGCCACAGCUUACACUAUGGGCCCUCGGGGCCGCGCAACGACGCUGCGCACUCGGAAAAUAUUUCCCCAUUCCAGGACGUGCACGCGCACCACGACAGGGCUCCUCCUUAUGAAGACCUUAAUGCUUUUUUCCACAACUGAGCCCCCGGGACAAUCAGAUGCCACGCACCGUUGUUUGGAGCACACGAAGAGGCCGGCUGUGUGAUGGACGCGUCCGUCCUCCGAUUACCUUCUGUAUUCUACUGACGUCAUCCCUGCACUGUUGUACAUCCUCCCAAAGUGUGUUAACUAUUAUCAUCAUGUAUGCAGAAUGAGUGCAACCGAUCUAAAUGUACAGGCCCAGAAGGGAAACCAUGUUAUGACAAAAACAACAGAAAUAAAAAGAAAAAAGUGUUUUAUAA